AUGUUGGACGAAAGCCUGCCAACAUUCCGACUGAAGUCAAACAGACUUGACAAACACAACGAGACCCUACUCUUCUCACACUACGGCAGUGAGUUUGAGCCAAAGUAUUCGCUACGACACCUCGAUCCGCAACAGCAUGGCUCCAAGAACAGAUACGCAGCCGCGCUCUACGAUUCAUACAAUUCAGAUGUGUUAUACGCAGAAGCCCUCCUGAUACCAGAAUGGACCCAGCCAUCGUUGAGCGCCGAACAGAUCAGACUCAACGGCGGCGUCCCGCCCGCGCCGCAGCCUAUCUUGCCAUCCGAAUUCGCGCUCCAAUUAUACAACCCAGAUCAGCAAGUCAUCGUAAGACACAAACCUUCCAAAUGGAACCAGUCUGAGUCAUGGGAUUUUGAAUUGCCCUCACGAACAUUCCGUGCCCCAUCAGCAUCUGCCCUAGACCGUAGCCAGAACGAUCCAUCGGUCUCGGAAAAUACGCCACGAGUAGGCCUGAGGUGGAAGAAGGACAGCAAGUUGAACAAAGAUCUGGUGUGUUUUCAGUCAGGAAAGGCACUGAACCCGGACGGGACGAAGAAGAAGCACAAGGAACCAGACAUUACAAUUGCGAUCUUCCAGGGUCAGAAGGAGGUAACGCUAUACGAGCCUAAUUUGAUCAGGGUAGACAUCGAGGACAUCAAGGGCCUCGAAGUCGUCUUACUCCUUGGCGCGGUGGUAAUCCGGGAUGUGUAUUUCGGCGAGAUGAAGAAUACCUUCAAUUUGACAGAGGGCCGUAAAGCCAGUGGAUCUAAUUCAACCUCGCCACGGCCAGUGCUCAGCCAAGUGGCCACUUCGCCGGUUAGUCCGCCUGGCGUGCCAGCGAGGGAUCCGCGCAUUCCACCUACAGAUCCAAGGAGUCAGUGGGAGCUUGACGCAGAGACCGCUCGCCUGAAGCAGCAAAUUGAGGCAGAAGAGCGUCAACGCAAGAAACGAGAUGAGGCCGAGGAGCGUCGCGUCAAGCAGAUGCUCGAAGCCGAAGAGAACGAGGCUAGGCGAAAGCAGGCACAGAUUGACGAAGAAACCGAACGGCUUAAAAGGAUCUACGGAGAUCAACAGCGACCGCAGAGCCAUCCUGCUCGUCGGUAUUCGUCAGAUCCUCGACAAUCUCAACCGCAACCGCAACCCAUUCAGCACCACUACCCAGCCGCCUGGGGAUCGUACAAUGCAGGCCCCUACAUGUCAGGAGCGAAUGCACAGUCCAGCUUCUUGACGCCGGUGCCUCAGCAGAACCAGCGGCUGAAGAACAAGUCAAGCAUUUUCAGCUUUGGCAGGCGACGAAGUGAAGAGGAUGGUGCAAAGUUAUCCAAGAAACGGUCAGCAGUAUUCUAA